CUCCUUUUCCCGCCAUAAACCAUCGCAACCGUCUAUAAAAACCCAUCCCAUUCCCGCUCCCUAAAACACCUCCCUCCCUCCCUCCCUCCCUCCCUCUCUCUCCCCGAAAUGGAAGAAAACUCUCCAGAGCAGCAGCAGAACAAGCUCCCCGAACUCAAAUUAGAUGCAAGGCAAGCUCAAGGCUUCAUCUCGUUCUUCAAAACCCUACCCAAAGAUGAGCGGGCUGUUCGCUUCUUUGAUCGCCGGGACUAUUAUACUGCUCACGGUGACAAUGCAACUUUCAUUGCAAGGACGUAUUACCACACUACUACUGCUUUGCGGCAAUUGGGCAGUGGUUCAAAUGGUCUUUCUAGUGUGAGUGCAAGUAAAAACAUGUUUGAAAAUAUUGCUCGUGACCUGCUACUGGAUAGAACUGACCAUACUUUGGAGCUCUAUGAAGGUAGUGGAUCAAAUUGGAGGUUGUCAAGAACUGGGACACCAGGAAACCUUGGCAGUUUCGAAGAUAUAUUAUUUGCCAACAAUGACAUGCAGGAUUCACCUGCUAUUGUUGCCCUGUGUCCAAAUUUUCGUGAAAAUGAGUGCACAAUUGGGCUGGGUUUUGUUGAUAUGACCAAGAGAACCCUUGGUUUGGUGGAAUUCCUCGAUGAUAGCCGAUUCACGAAUUUGGAAUCAGCUUUGGUGUCUCUUGGAUGCAAGGAGUGCCUCCUACCACUAGAGAGUGGAAAAUCCACUGAAACAAGGACUCUGCAUGAUGCCUUAGCCAGAUGUGGUGUACUUUUGACGGAGAGAAAGAAAUCUGAAUUUAAGUCGAGGGAUUUGGUACAGGAUCUUGGUCGGCUUGUUAAAGGUUCCAUUGAACCGGUUCGAGAUUUACUUUCUAACUUCCAAUAUGCCCUUGGGGCUCUGGGGGCCCUGCUUUCUUAUGCAGAAUUACUUGCAGAUGAGACCAAUUAUGGGAAUUAUACUGUCCGAGAGUACAAUCUAGGCAGUUACAUGAGGUUGGAUUCUGCUGCCAUGAGGGCACUGAAUGUUCUGGAGAGCAAAACAGAUGCAAACAAAAAUUUUAGCUUGUUUGGUCUGAUGAACAGGACCUGCACUGCUGGCAUGGGAAAACGAUUAUUGAACAGGUGGCUGAAACAACCUUUGUUGGAUGUGAAUGAAAUCAAUUGCAGACUCGAUUUGGUACAGGCAUUUGUUGAGGAUACCGUGCUUCGUCAUGAUUUGAGGCAGCAUUUGAAAAGAAUUUCUGACAUUGAGCGGCUGAUUCAUAAUCUUGGGAAAAAGAGAGGUGGUCUGCAGCAUAUUGUGAAACUUUAUCAGUCAAGCAUUAGACUUCCUUACAUCAAAAGUGCCUUCGAGCAGUAUGAAGGGCAAUUUUCGUCGCUGAUCAAAAAGAAGUAUUUGGAUCCCUUAGAGGAGUUGACAGACAAUGAUCACUUGAAUAAGUUUAUUGCUCUUGUUGAAAAUUCUAUUGACCUUGAGCAACUUGAGAAUGGGGAGUACGUGAUAUCACCUGGUUAUGACCAAAGUUUAUCUGUACUGAAGAAUGAGAGAGAAGCAGUGGAACAACGGAUACACAAUUUGCACAAACAGACUGCAAAUGAUCUUGAUCUUCCAAUGGAUAAGGCUUUGAAGUUAGACAAAGGCACACAAUUUGGACAUGUUUUUAGAAUCACUAAGAAGGAGGAGCCAAAAAUUAGGAAAAAGCUCAGUGCCCAUUUUAUUAUCCUUGAAACUCGGAAGGAUGGAGUAAAAUUUACAAACACAAAGCUUAAGAAGCUAGGGGAUCAGUACCUUAAGCUACUCGAGGAGUACACAAAUUGCCAAAAAUCGCUUGUUGCUAAAGUGAUUCAGACUACAACAACUUUCUCUGAGGUGUUUGAGUCUUUAGCAACGGUGCUUUCUGAGCUGGAUGUCUUGCUCAGUUUCGCUGAUUUGGCUACUAGUUGUCCGACUCCCUAUAUAAGACCUGACAUCACUCCCUCGGAUGAAGGAGAUAUAAUACUAGAAGGGAGUAGGCACCCUUGUGUGGAAGCUCAAGAUGGUGUGAAUUUUAUACCAAAUGAUUGCACUCUUGUAAGGGGAAAAAGUUGGUUCCAAAUCAUCACUGGCCCUAACAUGGGUGGGAAAUCUACAUUUAUUCGACAGGUUGGUGUGAAUGUGCUGAUGGCUCAAGUCGGUUGUUUCAUCCCUUGUGAUAGAGCAAGCAUUAGCGUCCGGGAUUGCAUUUUCGCUCGUGUGGGUGCUGGUGAUUGCCAACUUCGUGGGGUUUCUACCUUCAUGCAAGAAAUGCUUGAAACAGCAUCAAUCAUGAAAGGAGCUACUGAUAAGUCUUUGAUAAUUAUUGAUGAGUUGGGCCGUGGUACAUCUACUUAUGAUGGAUUUGGUUUGGCUUGGGCCAUUUGCGAGCACCUUGUUGAGGUGACUCGAGCACCAACUUUGUUUGCAACCCACUUUCAUGAACUGACUGCACUAGCUGAUGAAGAAGUUCAGCAUGAUCCUCAAAGGAGGCCCAUUCUCGGUGUGGCAAAUUAUCAUGUUGGUGCACACAUUGAUCCAUCAAGUCGCAAGCUUACUAUGCUUUACAAGGUGGAACCUGGGGCUUGUGAUCAGAGUUUUGGAAUUCAUGUAGCUGAAUUUGCAAACUUUCCUCAAACAGUUGUUGACCUUGCUAGAGAGAAGGCUGCCGAGUUAGAAGAUUUUUCUUCUGUUCCUGUCGUUUCAAAUGAUUCAAAAGAAAAGGUGGGAUCUAAGCGCAAGCGUGAACAUGUGCUUAGUCCUGAGGACAUUGCUAGAGGUGCGGCCCGGGCCCAUCAAUUCUUGCAGGAGUUCUCCACUCUGCCUCUGGACCAGAUGGACUUGAAGCAGGCUUUGCAGCAAGUGGGUCAGAUGAGGGGUAACUUGGAGAGAGAUGCAGUAGACAAUCCCUGGCUCCAGCAGUUCUUCUAAUCUCCCAGCAGUAAUCUUAUUCACUUUUUGAUUGGGUGUCGGCAUAGCAGUAGCAAAAUGUAUAGUCUAGGGCUGGCAACGGGCCUGACUUGGGGCAGACAAAAAUCAAUAUUUUGAAUUGGCCUGGUCCAGCCUUGCCAGUUCAAAAUCUGGGCCUGCCCAUUGCCCAGCCUAGUAUGCAACUUUUGCUUGCAAGUUGCUUUGCUCUUGUUGUUUAUUUGAGUAUACCUUUCACUAAUCAAGCAAUGUUUCGUGUGAUGACAGUGGGUGAAAUGGAAUGCAAUGGAAAUUCGGGUGCUGAAA